AUGGAUUCACUCCUGCAUGCCCAUAAUGGUGACAAUUUCGAAGUAGAUAAGCCAAGUGCAAAGGGAGCCUCAAAAAAAAAAAGAGAUAAGCAGUUAUCGAAGAUCGUGCAUUUCGAGGAUAUUCUUGAAUGGCACGGAGUAAUGGAAUAA